UAGAGUGAAACAAAUCUAAAGAGAAAAACAUAGAUCCGUCUUAGUGGGUAUACAAUUAUUCAAUCAAACUCACAUUUUUCUGCUGGUUUGUAUCUUCUAAUGGGAGCGCUUUUCAAACCCUGUUGUUUUGGUAUAUAAUGAAAAAGAUAAUUUUUCCAUUUGGGGGUUUGAUUUCAAUUGAGUGACAUUCAUUGACCGAAGCCAAAGGACAAAACUUUUCCUUCUGGGUUCUACCGACAAGAGCUGACUUCUCCAAAUCCCGAGUUGAAGUUUCUCAGAAGUUGUAGUAAGCAUUAAGCAAGAAUGGUUCCGGCAAGGAACGGGUCAGCGAUACCAGUUGUGGGGUUCUUGAUAUGUGCAGCUUUCAUCUACCUCUCAAUUAGGGACUUGUGGCUGAAUCACAAGUGGAGAGCCGAGAUAGGGUUUGUGAAGCGGAACGGAACUCAGUUCGUGGUGGAAGGCAAGGCUCUGUAUGUGAAUGGAUGGAACUCGUAUUGGUUCAUGGACCAUGCUGUGAAUGAACACAGUAGGUACCUUGUGAGUGAAAUGCUCCAAACUGGAGCCAAGAUGGGUCUCACUGUUUGUAGAACUUGGGCCUUUAAUGACGGUGGCUACAACGCUCUCCAGAUCUCUCCUGGCCGCUUCGAUGAGCGUGUCUUCAAGGCCUUGGAUCAUGUGAUUGCAGAGGCGAGGAAGCAUGAUGUGAGAUUGCUUCUUUGCUUAGUGAACAACUUGCAAGCGUACGGAGGGAAGUCACAGUAUGUGCAAUGGGCAUGGCAAGAAGGUGUUGGUCUCAGCUCCUCUAAUGAUUCCUUCUUCUUUGACCCAUCUAUCCGCAAAUACUUCAAGAACUAUCUCACGACUCUGCUCACCCGCAAGAAUUCAGUAACUGGAAUAGAGUACAGAAACGACCCAACGAUUUUCGCUUGGGAGUUGAUAAACGAGCCUAGAUGCAGCUCUGAUGUCUCUGGCGACACUCUCCAAGACUGGAUAGAUGAAAUGACGAGCUUCAUAAAAUCAAUUGACGACAAGCAUCUCCUCACAGUUGGCCUUGAAGGCUUCUACGGUCCCAAUAGCCCCAAAAGGCUGACAGUUAAUCCAGAACAGUGGCCUUCUGAGCUCGGAACAGACUUUGUUCGUAACUCAAACUCCUCAAACAUAGACUUCGCGUCUGUCCAUAUCUACCCUGAUCACUGGUUUCAUGAUCAAACCUUUGAAGAUAAGCUAAAGUUCGUGGUGAAAUGGAUGCAAUCUCACAUCGAAGACGGGAUGAAGGAACUCGAGAAGCCGGUCCUAUUCACAGAGUUUGGACUCUCGAACCUGAACAAAGACUACGAGCCAUCCCAGAGAGAACGUUUCUACAGAACAAUCUUCGAUGUGGUGUACAAAUCAGCAAAGAGAAGGAAGGCAGGAGCAGGGACACUGGUGUGGCAGCUGUUCAUGGAAGGCAUGGAAGGUUUCAACGACGAGUUUGGGAUUGUUCCACACGAACAAGACCCCGUGUAUAGGUUGAUGGUCGAACAGUCUUGCAGGUUGGGUCGCGUCUCAGGACGUCGUGAGGAACAUAAGCUGAGAAAACUCUGUGGACACAGACGUUGAAAGAGAAAGAAAAAGAGAGAGGGAGAGAAUCACAUGUACACAGAGUUGUUUUUUUUUUUAUGUAUACAGUGAGAUAUGAUUCUAGUUUUGAUCCAACUCUUAUAUCCAAAUAUUACUUGAGUGCA